AGGCGGGGGGAGGGGCACGUCGGGCCGAAGAGGUCACAAAGCCGCACGAUGUCACAGGUCACCGUGGAAGGCAGCCAGAGACCCUGACAAUGAAUUUUGACCAGAAAGCUGUGAAAUUCCUGGCAAACUUUUACAUCAAUGGAGGCAAACACUGGACCCACGGCCCCCUGAGGUUGAAGUCAUUGGUGCCAGCCCAGCCACUUCGAGGGCGAGGGGAGGGGGGCGGGGCAGCUCAAGGGGGCCGCCGGCAGUGUGGGUGGACCCAGGCUGUCCUGUCUUGCAGGCCCAAGGAUGCCGUUUGGCGGUGCCCGGGCGUGGGCGCCGCCUGGGAGAUGUGGCCCCCCGCGGUGGUGCUGGAGUCCCCGGAGGGCCUCAGGAUGCGGAGGGGCCCCUUCCAGGAGUCCCGGCAGAACUGCACCCGUGGCCUGAAGGAGCUGUGUGAGUGGGGGUCCCCAGUCCGGUCCGGAGAGGCGGGGCAGAGGCGGGAGGGGCCUCGCGAGAGGACCCAGGAGCCGAGCUUGCUUCCCCUCAGGGCUGGAGCAACGCCCCCCCAUCGUCACCGACCCGGACGUCCCCGGCCCCGCCAAGUACGGUGUGCCCGACGCUUCGGUGCGCGAAUCCUCCCCGCACCCCCACUUCAGCAUCGGCCGCAAGCACCCCGCCCCCGGUGCGUGCUCCUCCCCGCGUCCCGCCCCCCUCCCGGGCUCCCCAGUCCUGGAAGUGGGGCCGCACCCCCAGCCUGCCCUCCCCAACGACACUGCCCCCCUGCAGAGGGUGGCGGCCGCAGGGCGUGGCAGACCGUGUGGUUGCAAAGUGAUAGCCCCUUCACGCAGAAAGUCGACUUCUGCUGGGAGCAAAAGUGGCCAUCGCCCGCGGACUACCGUCCACUCAGCGGCCCUGCUUUCCCGGCCUUCAGCUUCGGGGCCCCCCGCCCUGCCUCCAAGACCCGCGAUGCGCGCGCGCGUCCGGCGCUGCCUCGGGCCCGCGGUGCAGGUCCCCGGGCCCGGCCCCUGUCGCAGCUUCCCAGCCCCAGCACCUAUGACAUCCUUCCCGGGUGCCGCCUGCGGGGCCCGCGUUCGCCCGCCUUCACCAUGAGCCGCUCCCCCGCGUUCGCCUCCUGGCUCAGCUCCUCCCACACCCCCGGCCCAGCCGCCUACUACGUGGAGGAUUGCUAUAACUCGCGCUUCCCCUCGGCGCCCGGAGUGGUCAUCCAGGGCGUGCGAAGACCCAAGCGCCAUGAUACAGGCCCCUUCUGCGCGCUUUAGAGCCGUCUGGGCAGUUAUCGCAUGGACCUCGCCCCCCCCCCCCCCCCCCCGCCCCGCGCCUUCCAGACCUAAUUUAGGACUCAGCGACCCCAGUCUGGCCAUCCAACCCUCUGGCACCCCGCCUGGAUCUACGCUGCCGGCCAGCUAACCAUUCCGUGAGCUGUGGACAAGGAGAGCCCAGCCCAGAGCCCCUGCUUGCUGUAAGAGAUGGUUCUUCUGAGCUCUGCCGUGUGCCUGGCUGCCAUUCUCCCGUGGUGAGCUGUCCUGCAGGGGAGUCUUUCCCUGGCCAGGGGCCUCCCCUUGCUUCCCCUCACAUGUUCUCUUCUCUACGACGGGCGGGUGGCAGCCUGAGACUUCCUGGCCUGGGCCAGUACGGGAGGGGUCCUUCUGGGCAGUGCAGGACCCCAGCUGCCAGUCUACCCAAGAGCCAGGCCGCUGGCCGAGCCAAGAAACUGACUUUCGGGGCAGAGGUCGGGGCCAGGCUCCCUGAACUGCUAUCUUGAGGAGGUCAGCCUGACCAGCCACCGAGGAGGGCCUAGAGGGCUAGGUUGGCAGGGCCUGGCCCUCUCCUCUCUCCCCAGGCACCUGCCCAGAGACCCUGCCGACUUGUCCCGGGCCCUGCAGGCCAAGCCACAGCUACUGGACUCCCUGGGCCUUCCCCAGUUAGGGCCCUGUCCUGUUGGGGUAGCCUGGCCUCCCACCAAGGGGUGGACCCCAAGGCAGACUGCAACGGGGUGGUUACGGUGGUCCAUGAACCCUUCUGCAGGGAGGCCAAGGCCCAGGGAGUCCGAGAGUGUUCACCUGUGACCUCGGGCUGAUCCAGCUGGGGGUGGAGCCCCGGCAUGCCAGGGGAUCAGUGGGAUUGCACACAGGUGUUGUGCAGCUGACCAGCGCGGCCAGCAGGCAGCUGAGCUGUGGGAGCCCAGCCCAGGUGUGGGAGCCAGGAGCCCUGCUCACAGCCGCACCACCAGCCACUGAGAGCUGAAAGCCAGCAGUGGGAUGAGCAGGAAGGAUGGAGCAAUUCCCUCCCGCUGGGCUCAGGAGAGAGGGCUUCCUGGGGGAGGAAGUGCGGGAACGGGCUCUCAAGGAUGAGCAGGAGCGAAGGGAAUUUCUAGCAGAGCAAACCUUGACAUAGGAGAAGGGAGGGGGUGUGGCAUGUGGGGUGGUGGGCUCGGGGACAGGGCUGGUGGUGUGGAAGGUGAGCUGGAGGGAUUGGAGGCGCCGCGGAUGCUGGGCCCACCCACUCCGCAUGCUCUGGCACCCCGGGGACCCACACUCCCAGCCCCAGCCU